AUGCAUAAAGAGGAACUGCAACUGAAGUUUUUCAUGUGCGUGAUUCAGUCUCGCCAAUUAGUCAGGACUCCUCAGAGAACAGACUGGAUCAUGACCCAUGAAGAGCAUCAUGCAGCCAGAACCCUGGGGAAAGGCAAAGCCAUCGCCGUGCUAACCUCUGGUGGAGAUGCCCAAGGAAUGAAUGCUGCUGUCAGGGCUGUGGUCCGAGUUGGUAUCUUUACUGGUGCCCGUGUCUUCUUUGUCCAUGAGGGUUAUCAAGGCCUGGUGGAUGGUGGCGAGAACAUCAGGGAAGCCACCUGGGAGAGCGUUUCGAUGAUGCUUCAGCUGGGAGGCACAGUGAUUGGCAGUGCCCGGUGCAAGGACUUUCGGGAACGAGAGGGGCGACUCCGAGCGGCCCACAACCUGGUGAAGCGUGGGAUUACUAAUCUGUGUGUCAUUGGGGGUGAUGGUAGCCUCACUGGAGCUGACACCUUCCGUUCUGAGUGGAGUGGCUUGUUGAAUGACCUCCAGAAAGAGGGUAAGAUCACGGCUGAGGAGGCUAAAAAGUCUAGCUACCUGAACAUCGUGGGUCUGGUUGGCUCAAUUGACAAUGACUUUUGUGGCACCGAUAUGACCAUUGGUACUGACUCUGCCCUGCACCGGAUCAUAGAGAUUGUAGAUGCCAUCACUACUACUGCUCAGAGCCACCAGAGAACGUUUGUGCUGGAGGUCAUGGGCCGGCACUGUGGAUACCUCGCCCUUGUCACCUCUCUCUCCUGCGGUGCCGACUGGGUGUUCAUUCCGGAAUGUCCACCGGAUGACGACUGGGAGGAGCACCUGUGUCGCCGGCUGAGCGAGACAAGGACCCGUGGUUCUCGUCUGAACAUCAUCAUUGUGGCUGAGGGUGCCAUUGACAAGCAUGGGAAACCGAUCACCUCAGAAGACGUCAAGAACCUGGUGGUAAAGCGUCUGGGAUAUGACACCCGGGUCACUGUCUUGGGGCAUGUGCAGCGGGGUGGGACACCAUCAGCCUUUGACCGAAUCCUGGGCAGCAGGAUGGGUGUGGAAGCAGUGAUGGCACUACUGGAGGGGACCCCAGACACCCCAGCCUGUGUGGUGAGCCUGUCUGGUAACCAGGCUGUGCGCCUGCCUCUCAUGGAGUGCGUCCAGGUGACCAAAGAUGUGACCAAGGCCAUGUCCGAGAAGAAGUUUGAUGAAGCCCUGAAGCUGAGAGGCCGGAGCUUCAUGAACAACUGGGAGGUGUACAAGCUUCUGGCUCAUGUCAGACCCCCAGUGUCUAAGACGGGCUUGCACACAGUGGCCGUGAUGAAUGUGGGGGCUCCGGCAGCAGGCAUGAAUGCCGCCGUCCGCUCCACCGUGAGAAUUGGCCUCAUCCAGGGCAACCGAGUCCUGGUUGUGCAUGAUGGCUUCGAGGGCCUGGCCAAGGGUCAGAUCGAGGAAGCUGGCUGGAGCUAUGUUGGGGGCUGGACUGGCCAAGGUGGUUCUAAACUUGGGACUAAAAGGACUCUGCCCAAGAAGAACUUAGAGCAGAUCAGUGCCAACAUCACUAAGUUUAACAUUCAGGGCCUUGUCAUCAUUGGAGGCUUUGAGGCUUACACCGGGGGCCUGGAGCUGAUGGAGGGCAGGAAGCAGUAUGACGAGCUCUGCAUCCCAUUUGUGAUCAUUCCUGCCACCGUCUCCAACAAUGUCCCUGGCUCAGAUUUCAGUGUGGGGGCUGACACAGCACUCAAUACCAUUUGCACGACCUGUGACCGCAUCAAGCAGUCAGCAGCAGGCACCAAGCGUCGGGUGUUUAUCAUUGAAACGAUGGGUGGUUACUGCGGCUACCUGGCCACCAUGGCAGGGCUGGCAGCUGGGGCUGAUGCCGCCUACAUUUUUGAGGAGCCCUUCACCAUUCGAGACCUGCAGGCGAAUGUUGAACAUCUGGUGCAAAAGAUGAAAACCACUGUGAAAAGGGGCUUGGUGUUAAGGAAUGAGAAGUGCAAUGAGAAUUAUACUACUGACUUCAUUUUCAACCUGUACUCCGAGGAGGGGAAGGGGAUCUUCGACAGCAGGAAGAAUGUGCUUGGCCACAUGCAGCAGGGUGGGAGCCCAACUCCAUUUGAUAGGAAUUUUGCCACUAAGAUGGGUGCCAAGGCCAUGAACUGGAUGACCGGGAAAAUUAAAGAGAGUUACCGCAAUGGACGGAUUUUUGCCAAUACUCCAGACUCGGGCUGCGUGCUAGGGAUGCGGAAGAGGGCCCUGGUCUUUCAACCAGUGACUGAGCUGAAGGACCAGACCGAUUUUGAGCACCGCAUCCCCAAGGAACAGUGGUGGCUGAAGCUGAGGCCCAUCCUCAAAAUCCUAGCCAAAUACGAGAUUGAACUGGACACCUCAGAGCACGCGCACCUGGAGCACAUCAGUCGGAAGCGGUCUGGAGAGGCUCCUGUGUAA